AUGUACGUAUUCAGACUGUUGACUGUGAUUAUUUAUUUGUCUUGGAUUAUACCGAUUGCGGAGCUGCAUGGUGCGCAGGACUCCACGUAUUUAAAAGAGAUUCUUGAUCCUGCGAAAGAAGAUCUGAGCAUUUGGUACACGCGUCAACCCAGAAUUGCCCAGAGAACUAACGAACAGCUGACCUGCGAAAAACCAAACGUUUACAUUUGCGAGGAACCUCCCCAAACAGUCGCUGCAGAUGAGGGCAAGUAUUGCAACUAUCGCAACGUGUGGUACCAUGAGCAGGUGUACCGCUGGGUGGCUGGCAGAGGAUGUCUUCUUUACACGCCAGAUUUUCUUUACGUCGAAGGCUAUAACACCAUUAACUUGACCGUUGGCUGCUUUUACGGGCCUUGGUUUGCACCUUGCUUGGAAAUCGCUAAAGAAGAUGGCACAUGUGGCUGUUACCCUUUUGACCCUGGUUUUGAGGAAGUGGCUAACACAGUACGUGAGGCAUUAAUACCUUCAGCGCAUGGACGUUGGGAAAAAUGUUUUUACACGGCAAGCGAUUGCUGCAGCCACGUAAUGACAGGAAACAGGAGUACAGAUCAAAACCAAUGUGAAGCUACCUUCGACGGCUGGACUUGUUGGGAGCCUGCGGAAUCUGAUACCGUCGCUAGCGCCAUUUGUUCAGAAUUCGCAUAUUCUAAUGAAGGGCCCACAUGUCAUCAUUUCAGCAACAAACAAUGUUUCGCGAAUGGCACCUGGGAGCUGCAAACCGACUACAGCACGUGCAGCAUAACCCCGCGGCUGCUGCGUCGGUACCGCUUGCACAUCGCCGUGCUGGCCCUGUCCAUUGUUUCCUGCCUGCCCGCAGUGUUCGUUUUUUUCUUCUACAAGCGACUGAGAGUGACACGAGUAGCGCUGCAUAGAAACUUACUCAUUGCUAUAAUUAUCAGGAAUAUCCUCGUUAUUAUCAGUAGAAGCGAGGUUUAUAUUGACGAGCUCACGAACUCGGGCGACACCGUGAUGUACAGGCACGAGGUGGCGUGCCGCCUGCUCGCGGUCGCCGAGCGCGUCGCCGCCAACUGCGUGUUCGUGUGCAUGCUGGUGGAGGGCGUGUACCUGCACAGGCUCAUCGUUGUAGUAUUCCGGAAGAAGCUCAAAGUAAGGUGGUUGUACGGAGCUGGUAUCGUGAUUGCAUUAGUUCCAGCACUAGCAUGGGCCAUAGUUAUGAGUUUGAUGAACGACCACUCGUGCUGGAUUGUGUACACGGUGGAGCACGUGCAGUGGACCUUGGACGCACCGAGGAUUGCUAUAUUACUUAUCAACACCGUCCUGUUCGUCGAUAUCUUGAGAGUAUUGCUUACGAAAUUACGAAAUACCGAGAACUCGUAUCAGCUAAGUACAGCAAAGGCGACUUUAUUCUUGAUGCCUUUGUUCGGAACUCAGUUUCUGCUAACGGCGUUUAGACCAACUACAAGCGAUUGCACUUGGGAACAGGUGUACUAUUACGUUUCAUACACCUUAGAGGGCCUGCAAGGAUUUAUCGUGGCCUUGCUUUACUGCUAUGUGAACAAGGAGGUGCAUGCUCUAGUUAAGGCGACGUACAAAAAAACAGAGAACGCAGUAAGCUCACGAUUUCGCAGCUCUAGUAAUCCUCGUACGAGCUUCGAUCCGAAUUCUAAUAGAAGAAUCACCUACAGCACCAACAUACAAUCACAAAACAUUGACGAUGCAAAAGAGCAAUACACGUCGAUGUCACCAAAACUUCACGUUGCUGAAAUAAUAUCAAUACAAGCCAGCGAGAGACUUGCAGAAAUAUUAGAUCCAGUUUAUGAAACUAUUGACAACGGUUUAAGAAAUGAAGGUUACGAUUAUCUUAGUAGAUCAGAUCCAGAUAAUGAUUCGGGGAUCAUUCCUAACAGGAAUUCUAAUGCAAACUACGAACAGGGGUUCCCUAAAGAUUCAAAUGUUUCCGUGGGAUGCCCAGAUCGGAUAAGACUGUCGUCACCUAGUAACAUUAAUUCCUUAAGUCAGCAAGAUACAGAACAAUUAUCUAAAUCUAACAACACAAAAGAUGACAUUACGAAAGAUCAGAAUGACGAAACAAUGUCAGAAGCAACAUUAAAAAAUGAAAGUAAUCAAACUCAUGCUAGAUCUAAAGAAAACGGCUCUCUCAAAGACCGUGGUAAUGGAAUUGAGUCGGAAUAUGAAGACUGUGAAAAUAUGCUUAGUGAGAUAAUGCAUUACAUUAAAAACAUCGAUAAAAGUGAUGUAGUACUAGAUCCAGAAGUUCUUAGUCCCAACAGAAACGACUAA